AUGGCUUCAGUUGGGGGUGUGGGCAGCUGAUGAGCCGGCGGGCAGCUGCUGGGUUUGCUGGGCCGGCAGGACAGAGCAGUCAGGGACAGGCCCCUGCCCGGGCUACAGAGGAGCCAGGAGCCAUGAGGGUGGCAGUGGGCAUUCUGUGGCUCCUGGCCCUCGGAGGACCCCUGCAGGCCCGGGGCGCCUGCCCUUCUCAGUGCAGCUGCAGCCUCCAUGUCCUGGGCGAUGGCAGCAAAGCCAGGACAGUGGUGUGCAACGACCCUGACAUGACCCUGCCCCCAGCAUCUGUCCCUCUGGACACCUCCAGCCUGCGCCUGGAGCGGACGGCCAUUCGCAGGGUGCCCGGGGAGGCCUUCAAGCCGUUGGGCCGCCUGGAGCAGCUGUGGCUGCCCUACAACGCGCUCUGCGAGCUCAACGCUCUGAUGCUGAGGGGCCUGCGCCGCCUGCGCGAGCUCCGCAUGCCCGGGAACCGCCUGGCCACCUUCCCCUGGGCGGCGCUCAGGGACGCCCCCAAGCUGCGGCUGCUGGACCUGCAGGCCAACCGCCUCUCGGCUGUGCCCCCGGAGGCCGCGCGCUUCUUGGGGAACCUCACCUUCCUUGACCUCUCCAGCAACCAGCUGCUGAGGCUCCCCGAGGAGCUGCUCACCACCUGGACUCACCUGCAGACGGGACCCUUCCUUCCCGGCCACCACGCCAAGCUGGUCCUAGGGCUGCAGGACAACCCCUGGGUGUGUGACUGCCGACUCUAUGAGCUGGUCCGUCUCCUGGAAGGCUGGGCCCCAAACCUGGCCUUCAUAGAGGCCAGGCUGAGGUGUGCCAGCCCGCGCAGCCUGGCCGGAGUGGCCUUCAGCCAGCUGGAACUGAGGAAGUGCCAGAGUCCGGAGCUCCGUCCGGGGGCGGCCAGCAUCAGGUCCCCCUUGGGCAGUGCAGUAUUGCUACGCUGUGGGGCCUCCGGGGUCCCUGGGCCGGAAAUGAGCUGGAGUAGGGCCAAUGGGCACCCACUCAACGGCACAGUGCACCAAGAAGUCUCCAGUGAUGGCACGAUCUGGACUCUGCUGGGCCUGCCUGCUGUGUCCCACCUUGACUCUGGAGACUACAUCUGCCAGGCCAAGAACUUCCUUGGAGCCUCUGAGACUCUCAUCUCCCUGGUCGUCUCUGAGCCCCAGACAUCCACGGAACACAGUGGGGGCCCAGCGGCACUGUGGGCAAGGACAGGUGAGGGAGCAGAAGCAGCUGCAUACAACAAGAUGGUGGCCAGGCAUGUCCCCCACAUCCCCGAGCCUGCUGUCCCGGCCACUCGGCCCUCUGUGCCCAACACGAAGGAGCAACGGAUCCUCCAGCCCUUCCAGAUGGGGGCCCCAGCAGAGCACUUGGAUGUGCAGGCAGGACCCCAGGAGGCCCAAAGGGUGAGCUCUCUCAAGGUGGUAGGGGACACUUACCAGAGCGUGACAUUGGUGUGGAAGGCCCCCCAGGCUGGGAACACAACUUCCUUCAGCGUCCUCUACGCGGUCUUUGGGCAGCAGGCCAUGCGGCGGAUGGUUGUGCAGCCUGGGAAGACCAGUGUCACCAUCCAUGGGCUGGUGCCCAAGAUCAAGUACGUGGCGUGCAUCUGCGUGCAGGGCCUGGUGCCCCGGAAGGAGCAGUGUGUCAUCUUCUCCACUGACGAGGUGGUGGAUGCUGAAGCCACUCAGUGGCUCAUCAACGUGGUGGUGAUCAGUGUGGCUGCCAUCAUCGCCCUGCCCCUCACGCUGCUCGUCUGCUGCGGUGCUCUCCAGAGCCGCUGGCGCAAGUGCCACACCAGGGGUUCUGCCGAGGCCACAGGUGCCUACGUCAACCUGGAGAGACUGGGCCACAGUGAAGAUGGCUCAGAGGAGCUGUCCCAGCACAGCCUCAGUGAGGCCGACAGGCUCCUCUCUUCCCGCUCCAGCCUGGACUCUCAGGCCUUGGGCAUCAGGGUAGGCAGACGGAUCAACGAGUACUUCUGCUGA